AUGACAGAAAGCGCGUCGAAUAGCACGGGAUCAAAGUACGGAAGCUCAGAGUCGUCCAACUUGUUGACGAAGCCUGCAUUGUAUGGACUAUAUGAUGCUGAUGUGCUCAAGAGCGAGGACUCAGAGAUCUAUGAAGAAGUUAAAAAAGCAUCAAGUGGUAAAGAAUUAGAAAAUGGAAUAGUACAACGUGCUAAGAAAAUCCCUAGUUCUGUCAAUGUGGCUUUAGCAUGGGUUGUACUAUCGAUAGCAGGCAUCGCUUAUCAUGAAUUAUCAAAGAACUUACAUGAUAAUCAUGAAUUGCAUAAUGACUUUACUUCCCGCCCGUUAUUAUUGGGUGCCACUAUUGCACAAUCAUUAAGUUUUGGGUAUUUACCACCUUGGACAUUUUACGCCAUCGAAGGUAUACUUUUCGGAAGUAUCGUUCCAUUUGUAAACUGGAUACUUGGAACCUUUGAUCGGCAACCAACCACUAUUUCUAGUGUUUUAAGAUCUACAAAUGCCAUGUUAGGUGUUUCUUUUGGGAUUCGUAGAAUUGAAUGGUCUUCCAGUUUACAAGCAAGUGGUGCAUGGUUCUUACUCAACAUUAUCCUUUGGUUGUUCUUUGACAGCUCAUUUACUAUGCUAGCAUCUGGUUUGGCUAUUGGUUUAGUCACUUGCGUGACCUGCUAUCAAGACAUUACCGAUAGCGCACAGUUGUUAUAUUUCAUUGAUUUCUACUUCCUUGGUCUACUAUUCUUCACAAGACUAGGAAAAUUUUUAUACCGUCAAUAA